GCCACACUCCCUUCAGCCAGCGAGGCCGCGCGCUGGCGGGUCCCGCGCUGUUCCGCGGGAGGGGCCGAGCCCAUGUUCCUCCUCCCUACCGGUCCCAUCCUUAAAGCACGAGUUCCGACGCCCCGCCUGUUGGGAGCGGGCGCCGGGAUCGGGACAGCGAGCCGCCGGGGCAGGCCAGGGCCUACCGAGGAGGGCCCGAGACCACGGAGCCGCCGCGGCUGGCACGCGAGCGUCUCGGUGUGUGGGAGCUGCGAGGGCAGGGGUCCCGGGCGCCAUUGCUGGCCGUCAGAGAGCCGCCUGGACCUCGUCUGCCCUCAGCGGCGCUUCUCCGGUCGAGAGGAGGCAUAGCUUGGGGCCGUCGCCACCCCCCCCCGGCCCGGUGUCGUGAAUUGUGUGCCUCACCUACCGCCCGCGUCGGGCCGCGGGGGCCGAGACGAUGUUUGACAAGACGCGGCUGCCGUACGUGGCCCUUGAUGUGCUCUGCGUGUUGCUGGCUUCCAUGCCUAUGGCUGUUCUAAGUUUGAGCCAAAUAAAUCCAUUUCAGAGAGGCUUUUUCUGUAAAGACAACAGCAUCCAGUAUCCGUACCAUGACAGUACCAUCACAUCCACUGUCCUCUCCAUAGUGGGGCUUGGUUUACCCAUUUCCUCUAUGAUUAUUGGAGAAGCCCUGUCUGUUUAUUAUAACCUCUUGCACUCGAAUUCCUUUAUCAGAAAUAACUACAUAGCCACUAUUUACAAAGCCAUUGGAACAUUUUUAUUUGGUGCAGCUGCUAGUCAGUCCCUGACUGACAUUGCCAAGUAUUCAAUAGGCAGACUGCGGCCUCACUUCCUGGAUGUAUGUGACCCAGAUUGGUCAAAAAUCAACUGCAGUGUUGGUUACAUUGAAAACUACAUAUGUCGAGGGAAUGCACACAAAGUGAAGGAGGGCAGAUUGUCUUUUUACUCGGGCCACUCUUCGUUCUCCAUGUACUGCAUGCUGUUCGUGGCACUUUACCUUCAAGCCAGGAUGAAGGGAGACUGGGCAAGACUCUUACGCCCCACACUGCAAUUUGGUCUUGUUGCUGUGUCCAUUUACGUGGGCCUCUCUCGAGUUUCUGACUACAAACACCACUGGAGUGAUGUACUGACUGGACUCAUUCAAGGAGCCCUGGUUGCAGUAUUAGUUGCAGUGUAUGUAUCCGAUUUCUUCAAGGAGAGAAAUUCUUUUAAAGAAAGGAAAGAGGAGGACUCCCAUACAACUCUGCACGAAACACCGACGACGGGGAAUCACUUUAGGAACAGUCACCAACCUUGAAGCUCAGUGUUUCCAAUGGCUUUUGCUGCUUGACACAUCUGUCGAAGCAGUUCUUCCAGGCGCCUCAUACAACGAAUUAUGCUGCCUGUAAAGAAAAGGAAACAAAUCACUUGUAAAAUGGAAAUAACCAGAACAGUAGAACUUUUGUUAGAGGCAAGGUAGGAGAACAUGGGAUGACUGACUAAUAGUACUUUGAGGGACUUCCCAUGCAGUAAAUGAGGUUGAAGACUUGACUGGCUGCCUGGCAGACACUAGGAGGGAUACAAAGACAAAAAGUUUAAUUUCCCAUCCUUGACUAAUGGUAGAGAGUCCUGAUUUAUUAUAAUGUGUUGACAUUUGCUCUUAAAAGUUCACAAAAUGCCCUGGGAGCAGGGGGGAGAACAACUUUGGAUUAAGGCCACAAAGAUAACAUAUAACCUGGGUCUGUAAGAAUGAGGAGGUCUCUGUCAGACAGCAACAAAGGAAGACCGCUUGGGCAAUGCAGAGAAGUGUGACAAAGGGCAGCUACUCAAGGACUCUGAGGGUGGCCUAAUGAGGUAUGUGGAUACCAUCCUGUGAAGAGAAUGCAACUAGAGAUUUUUAAGCAGGGGACAAGUAACAGGAUCAGAUUUGUCAUUUUAAAGGUGCAAUCAUUCAUUCUUCUUGACCUUAAGUAGACUUUUUAUCAGUGCUUUUUUCAUACAGUGUGUCCUCAAAGGAGCACAAAGGAGGAGGUAAGUCUCUUCCCACUGGAUGUGACUCCCUGAGAUCAGUGGGGUGUUUUUUUUUUGUUGUUUUUUGUUUCUUUGCUGAAGCUAUAAACAUCAUUUGACUUCUACCACAUUUGAGCAAGGGAGGGGCCUGGGAUCCUUUCUCAAAGACCUAUCUACUUAAGUUUAAAACUCUUGGGACUUUAAUGUGUGAAAUACAUUAGAAAUAGCAGUUCUGUCUGAUAUGCAAGGUAUGAACUCCUCUAAGUCCUUACCAUUAUUAACUCCUUAGAACACUGAACUAAUCC